AGAGGUCAAAAACUGAAAUAGCACGUUGAUUGUGGAUGGAGGAGCUGCGGAAGGAAAAGUGAAAAUUGAGGAACCCUUUUUAGCUUUUGGAGCGGCACAUGUAAUAAUAACGUGACGCCAUUUUCGCUCUCACCACUCACCACGCUCAGUAUGCAUAUACACAUUGCAGAAAUUCGUGGCCGAGAAGAUCUCCUUUUGUUCCGAUCCAAUUCGAUUAUGAAGGCUAAUAAUAACAAACCAAUAAACCCUCUCGUCACCUUCGAACACAAGAGGGAUGCCUAUGGGUUUACUGUGCGGCCUCAACACCUGCAAAGAUACCGUGAAUAUGCUAAUAUAUACAAGGAGGAAGAGGAGGAAAGGUCAGAUCGAUGGACCUCAUUUCUUGAUAGACAGGCAGAGUCUUCUGAAUUGGCCACAGAGAAAUUAGUCGUGGGGGAGGGUGAGAAAGUUUUGGGUGAUGAAGCUGCAGUGCAAGGAGCUGAUGCUAGCUCAGAGAAGGAUGCUGAUGGACAUGAAGUAAACAACCAAACACCUGGUGGUUUUGACGGUGUAACUGACAAUGGUAGUCAAAAGGAUGAGGCACCGGCAUCUGAGGAGACAAAAGUUCACAGAGUCCAGUUAUGGACAGAGAUAAGACCAUCUCUUCAAACUAUUGAGAAUAUGAUGAGUGUUCGUGUAAAGAAGAAACCUGGGUCAGUAAAAGAUGAAAAAAUCAAGAAAGGCAUGUUAAAAGAUGAACAAGUUAUUGAAACAGCAAAAUCACCAUCGCAUUCUGAUGAAGUUAAAUCACCAAAAGGAGCAUGUGAGGAAGACUCUGAGGAGGAGUUCUAUGAUGUUGAGAGGUCAGAUCCUAGUCCAGAUAUGCCUCUUGUUGAUGGCACAAAUGCCUCUGCAAAUGGUACUACUGCUGAUGUUGCACCACCAGAGGCUUCCUUUCCUUGGAAAGAAGAGUUGGAGGUUCUGGUUCGAGGGGGAGUACCAAUGGCGUUGAGAGGAGAGCUUUGGCAAGCUUUUGUUGGUGUAAAAGCAAGGCGGGUGGAGAAGUAUUAUCAGGAUCUGCUAGCCUCAGAGAGUGAUUAUGAAAUUAAAACUGAUCAGCAAAACACACAGUCAACUGACAGUAAUGGGAAAACAGGUGAAGACUUUGUUCGUAUGCCAGAAAAAUGGAAAGGACAGAUUGAGAAGGAUCUGCCUCGGACAUUUCCUGGUCAUCCUGCUCUAGACGAGGAUGGAAGAAACGCUUUGAGACGAUUACUUACAGCAUAUGCUCGACAUAACCCCUCAGUUGGUUACUGCCAGGCCAUGAAUUUUUUUGCUGGCUUAUUGCUACUUUUGAUGCCUGAAGAAAAUGUCUUUUGGACCUUGAUGGGCAUUUUAGAUGAUUAUUUUGAUGGCUAUUAUUCAGAGGAAAUGAUAGAAUCCCAGGUGGAUCAACUUGUUUUUGAGGAGCUGGUGAGGGAGAGGUUUCCCAAAUUGGCCAAUCAUCUUGAUUAUCUGGGAGUGCAGGUAGCAUGGGUUACUGGACCAUGGUUCCUGUCCAUUUUUGUGAACAUGCUUCCUUGGGAAAGUGUUCUUCGAGUGUGGGAUGUGCUCCUUUUUGAAGGAAACCGAGUCAUGCUCUUUAGAACUGCAGUUGCUUUAAUGGAGCUAUAUGGUCCAGCAUUGGUAACAACAAAGGAUGCUGGAGAUGCAGUUACUUUACUUCAGUCAUUGGCUGGGUCCACAUUUGAUAGCAGUCAGCUUGUAUUGACAGCUUGCAUGGGUUACCAAAAUAUAAAUGAAACUCGUUUGCAGCAGCUGAGGAAUAAACAUCGGCCAGCUGUAAUAGCUUCCAUUGAAGAAAGAUCAAAAGGGCUUAAAGCUUGGAGGGAUUCUCAGGGACUAGCAUCAAAGCUAUUUGGUUUUAAGCAUGAUCCUAAAACCGAGCAAUCGGCUGAUAUGCAAGUGCUUGGGAGUUUAUCUCGGUCAGAAUCUGGUUCCACUAAUGCUGAUGAAAUUUUAAUUAGUCUGACUGGAGAGGGUGAGAUAGAUUCUGUUCCAGAUCUUCAAGAACAGGUUGUCUGGUUAAAGGUUGAACUUUGUAGAUUACUAGAGGAUAAAAGAUCAGCCACUCUUAGAUCAGAAGAGCUUGAAACAGCAUUAAUGGAAAUGGUCAAGCAGGAUAAUAGGCGGCAACUUAGUGCCAAGGUAGAGCAACUAGAAGAAGACGUUGCUCAGCUUCGACAGGCACUUGCUGAUAAACAAGAACAAGAAACUGCUAUGCUUCAGGUCUUGAUGCGGGUGGAGCAAGAGCAAAAGGUGACUGAGGAUGCUCGCAGGUUUGCUGAGCAAGAUGCAGCCGCACAAAGAUAUGCUGCCCAAGUCCUUCAGGAAAAGUAUGAAGAAGCAACUGCCGCACUAGCUGAGAUGGAAAAGAGAGCGGUUAUGGCAGAAUCUAUGCUGGAGGCUACAUUGCAGUACCAGUCUGGCCAAGUUAAAGUGCUACAAUCUCCACGAUCUUCACAGAUAGAAUCUCCAUCGAGAAACAAUCAAGAGCCUACGACAGAUAUCCCUGCUAGGAGGAUAAGUUUGCUUUCUCGUCCGUUUGGACUUGGAUGGCGUGACCGAAAUAAGCAACAGGAGAAACCCAAAAAUGUAGAAGAGCCAGCUGAGGGAAAGCCCAGCAUUGAGGAACAAAAUACAAUUGUUCAAGAAGACGGCAAUGGCGUUAAAGUACAUGAUGAUAGGAAAGAAGACAGUUCCUAGAUUUUUCUCUAUGACCUUCUCGAGACUGUUUGACGAGCAAGAAGGUAGUUCCUUCUUCCUUGUCUGUAAUUUUUGUUUAGGGUGAACAUAUAAUUUCAUAUUCAUUAAUUGUUUGUUCUUUAUGAUGUAACUGAAUAAUAUAAUUGAAAAGUUACGUCUCUCGUUUGUUCUAUA